CCGACAUGAUCCUCACUUUAAACGAGUAACCCAGCAAUGCUGGCUAAUGAAAGCGUUUCGUUACAAUGCCCAAGCUAUGUCCACAGUGUGUCACAUCGGGAAAAUGGUGGUGUGGGAUGCCCGGAAGUCUCCUUUUUGAAUAUUUCAAAUUUGUACAGACUAGGAAAUCAUGGCCUACAUGACAUAAAAAACAAGGUCCCAGAGGUAUUUGCCCGACCAAAACAAAGGGCAUGACACGGCCGUCAACUUCAAGUCAUACCGACCGACACCCCAGAACAUGCUAGUAAAGACUCCCCAUCUAUGACUUGCCAGCCGACUUGGCCAUAGUGUUAAGGGCGCUGCCGUUCUUGAACCACU